CCCUCCCUCCCCCUCCUCUCCUGCCAUCCCCGCUAACUUUCCCAAGCUCAGCCGGCGGCGCAGAGCUCCCCGGCAGCCUCCAGGCCCACUGCAGACCGCGGGCUGCGAGCGCGGCUGCGCCCUGUAUCCUGUCCCCGCGCCCCUGGCGCGCUCCGGAGAGAAAAGAACGAUGCUCGGGGCCGGGGACCGAGGCGCACCCAGGGCGAGAUGGCUGGGCACUGGGCUUUUGGCCCCGCACUUCUGGAGCUGGAUCUUGGGGACCCGAGUUGAGACGUUUAAGCUGCUGGGGGAGAGCGGCUAAUGCCUUGGGUGGAGGGGAUGCCAGGUCUCUUCCUGCUCCCUGUGUCCCUGUCGCUGGAGGUGUCUGUGGGGAAGGCCACCACCAUCUAUGCCGUCAAUGGCACGGAGAUCCUGCUGCCCUGCACCUUCUCCAGCUGCUUUGGCUUCGAGAACCUACGCUUCUGGUGGUCCUACAACAGCACCGAUACAUUCAAGAUUCUCAUAGAUGGGACUGUGAAGAAUGAGAAGUCCGACCCCAAGGUGAAGUUGAAAGAUGACGACCGCAUCACUCUGGAGGGCACCACGAAGGAGAAGGUGAACAAUAUAUCCAUUCUGCUGAGGAACCUGGAGUUCAGUGACUCAGGCAGAUACACCUGCCACGUGAAGAACCCCAAGGAGAAUCAUCUUCAGCACCAGGCCACCAUUACCCUCCAAGUUGUUGACAAACUGGAAGAAGUGGACAACACGGUGACACUCAUCAUUCUGGCCGUUGUGGGCGGGGUCAUUGGGCUCCUCAUCUUCAUCCUGUUGGUUAAGAAGUUCAUCGCCUUCAUCAUCAAGAAGACGCAGGAGAAGAAGAAGGAGUGCCUCGUGAGUUCCUCAGGGAACGAUAACACAGAGAAUGGCUUGCCUGGCUCCAAGGCAGAAGAGAAACCACCCACAAAAGUGUGAGCCCUGCUUGGGGCCAAGCAGCUGCCUGCCCGGGGAGCCUCACUUUCUGAUGCUGAGACUGAUGAUGCUUGAGCCGUGUCCGUGAACCCACGUGCCUGAGACAUCUGCUGCUUGGCUCAACCUGUAGUCUUUCUGGGCGGGGAGAAACGGGUCCCGGCCAGCCUGCUCCAGCCCCUUGCCCACCAGGGAACCCCAGGGAUGAGGGCUGGCCAGUGGAGGAGGCCUGUGGAAGGUUCUGGAAAAGGAAGGAGGGGGUGGGGUGGUGUGGGGGGCCGGUCCCUCGACACCCGGGUAGAUGGUCUUCUUCGGUGUCCCCACCCUGGACAGAGAAUGCCUUGGUUUCCCUCCUGACAUCUCUUUGGGAGCGACUCGGGGGAUCUGAGAAGGCUCCCCUGUGUGUUGGGGCCUGAGGAUCUGGGGGUGGGAGGCUACUGGAGGGGCCUUCAGUGAGCGGCUCUGUUGGAUACCUGCUCCCCCACAUGCCUCUAGUGAGGAUCUUCCCUCCCCCCCCCCCCCCCCCGGGUGCCGGUCUUGGUUCUCCUCCCCCACCCCUUGCUGCUCAGAGUCUCUGAACCCUCUCAACUAGGGCAGCCGCCUUGGUCUUUGGGGGUCCUGGCCCACUUAGUCUGCUCCUCUGACCUCUGGCUCCCUGAGGGCCUGCCCCGAGCACUGGGGUGCCACCUACCCCUUUCCUAGCUUUUCUCCUUGGAGUGUCAGGGCUGCAGAGGUGGGCCUCUUGGCUACCCCAGCCCUGCUGAUGCUGGCUGCUCCCUCUCGGCCUGGCAGGACCACGGCCACUCCCGGGAGCCCCCAGCCCGCCCGGCCCAGCUCCUCCUCCGUCGAAGCAGCAGGUGGCGCCAUCUUGCUUGAGGGGCUGCUCCUCCACCACUCCUCCUGGUUCCGGCUGCCUCUCCCUGGCCCAGGCAGGGUUGUUCCUUUCCACCCCCCGGGUCAAGGCUUGCCUUCACCUCAGGGAUCCUCUUGCUCUGGAUAAGAGGGCCCUGGGGUUUUCCAGCUGCUUCCUGCUCAGCUGGCCCUCCCGCCGCAGGGUUGGGGAGGAGCAGGGAGAGAGUGCCCACACGGCUCCUUUGCUUUUCCGAGCACUGGUUUGCACACCCCUUGUGUGUGGGGCUAGACUGUGCCUUAGCUCCCAAGUCCUGGCUCAUACCGUCCCUACCCGCUUCAGCCCAUACUAACAGCCAGCUCCAGUGGGGCACCGGUGAGGGGUCCCCAGCUGCACCACCACCACCACCGCCACCCCCUACCUCCGCCCCCGCUCUGUCCCAGGGUCAGGCAGACCUGGAGUUGUGUCACCAACAGCUCCUUGGCCAGUGACCAGGUCUUGGAGGCCCCUGCCCAGUGCUCCUGUGGGAGCCCUGACAGGCCAUGUCAUGUGGUGUCCCUGCACGUUGGAAAUGAGGAAAUAGGGCUGUGAUGCUCCCACCCCCUUGCUCUCUUGUUGAGUCGCCGACACUCUAUCCUCUGGGCCCCUGGGAGGGAUGAGAGGGGAGGAGCCCCUUCCCAAAGUGUGUUGGGACUGCCUGAGGACUCUCCCUGCCAAAAAGCAGCAGCGAGCUGCCCCAGGGGUCCGGGCUGGGGGAGGAGGAACAGGAGCGCCUGCAGGGUGCCCUACCUGAUGGGCUUGCAGGGUCCCACUCUGAUCUGCUCCUGUCCCUUGUGUCCUCCUCCACACGUCCUGGGCUGAGGUUCAGAUUUUCCCAGCUUUGGGAGCAGAUGGACUAGAGCCACCAAUCAUUCGGGAAACUUCUUAUAGCUGCCUUCAGGCAAAACUGCUUUCUUCUCCUCUCUCAGCUUUGCCAUUGCGACAGGCCCUGUGUCUUGGGCUUCUCUCACUCCCUUGAGAGGAGGCCAAGGCGUAGAGCAGGGGGGAAAGGAAGGAAGUCCUCCUCCUCUUCACUUCUGGGUCUACUGCUGAUGAGUAGGUGGGUCAUGCACCUUCUCUGGGCUCAGUUUUCCCCAUCUAUAAAAUGGGUGUAAUAAUACCUACCUCACAGGACUGUUGUGAGGCUUGGCAAUUUUGGUUUUAAAAAAUCUUUUUUGGCUUGGAAAGGGAUCUGGGAUUCUAGGUGUUAUAAUGGGAGGGACUGUCCCAGUCUGUCCUGUCCUCAUCUCUGUGGUCCAUCUCCAUAGCACACACACACCAGUGCACACACACAUGCACACACAAAGUGCAUGCAAGCACACGCAUCUUCUGUCUUCUCUUUCUCUUCCCACCCCUCCCCCUUGGGAUUGUUCUGGUCUUUAUAACGUUAGAAACCCUGGCUCUGAUGCUUAAAGCUUCUGCGCCGUGGCUUAUGUUUGGUGGUUUUCAGUAGAGGGGAUUGGAACUAUAGAGAGACACUUUUGAUUGCCCCCAUGCCUGAGGGCUCUACUGGCAUUUAUUUUUAUUUAUUUUUUUGGCCACACCCAGGGCCUCCAGAACUUCCAGGGCCAGGGAUUGAACCCGCACCGUAGCAGCAACUAGAGCCAUAGCAGUGACAACGCCCAGCCCGUGACCCGCUGAGCUACCAGAGAACUCCUCUACCAGCACUUAGUGAGUGAGGACUGAGGCUGCCACGCUUAGUGCCCGUGACAAAGAAUGUCUUGCUCCAAGCUGGGAUUUACUGAUGGGGAAACCCUGGUAUGGAUUCGCAGACCCUCAACGCGGGCACCCCUGGAGGGUGAUCUCCAGGGGCUGGUGAAGGAGUUUUCAGGGCUUGUGGGCGAGAGAGAACCAUUCGUAAAUUUGCACUUGGGAACCCGGGACACAGGCAGCUGCACUGACGGUAAAGUCAGGAGACCAUAGAUCAAGGCUUUCCUGGCUCCCCAUCUUUGACCUCAAAGUAAGACCUCAGCAUUCCAGGCCUUCUGUUUUGCCUCGUGUAGGAAUUGAGCAGAAGGCAGCCAGAACAAACCUGUGGUACUGGAGAAGUCAGGAAGAGGGGCCGGUGGAGCUCAGACUUUCCGCAUCUGGCUGGCUGCCCACAGCUGGACGGGAAGGGAGGGGUGUGAGGAUGAGCUCCCUAGCUGGUGGCGGCUGAGGGUGUGCUUGGGUAGAGAUGCACAACCAUGGGGUGGGUGGGCUGUGCACAGACGUGGGGGUGUAUGGAGGUGUGAAGGCUGUGGGUGCCCAAGAUGUGGGAGGAGAUUCUGCACAUCUCAGGAGCCAUCUUUCCUGGCCUGAGCUAUACCUCUUGGGGCACCUGGAGGCUGAGAAAGGGUAGGAGGCAGAAGGGGAGACUAGCCGGGCCCCUGAGCUCCACAUGCCACGACUCCAUCUCAUGUCACAGACAGCUGCCAUCGGAGUGUGGGGGGGGAGGGGUUCCAGGAGGGGCCACUCCUCUUGGGAAAAUCCUACAGCUUGCUUCACUUCACUUGUCCCAGGUUGGAGUCCCCACCCUCCCACCUCCCACCCAAUACGCAGUGCUUUUGACCCUCUUAUGCAUGGUUUAUUCCUCUGGCUUGGAUGGCAACAAUACUCAUAGUCAACUGCCUCUGUAACUAUAGAUCAAAACAACGCAGCACAAACGGGCCUGGGGAGGCCUCAGAUCUGCAGGUGCCUCUGGGAGGCGCAGAUGUGCACACCCAGCACUGACUUGCGUUCAAGCACAGAAUGAAUGUGAUCAGACUGUUUUGCCUUGAUAACACAUUUUGCAUUGUAGAAUUUUAUUUGGCUUUGCCUUGGAUGAAAUAAAAAUUAUGUUUAAUAGAAA